AACAUGACGGAGCAACUAAGCUUCAAACCAUGGAGGACCAGGGUUCAGCCGACAUGCAAUUCCCCUGGACAAGCUCCCGUACCUUUAAUGUCACCCCAGCCAUAAACCCUCGUCCUCAACAGGCCACGAGUCGCGAUAAGUCCAUAUCGAUACUAGGGAUCUACAUCCCUGCGUCUUUAUCGGGCGCGUUCACGUCUCAGAUCGGACCACCGGGGCUCAACAUAUCCUGCAUCAAAGGAUUCUAAACCCCGCAAUCUGAUUCUUCCACCGUACUCUCGGGUUACCGGAGAACUAUCACGGUAUUCGGCUCGUAUGUGAAGGAGGCGGGAUUUGAACUCUCACAUCAUCGCGCAUGCGAGGCGCUGUUGGAAUGUAACACGAGGAGGGGCUCGACUAAUUUGGCGUUGAUGCUAGAUGGUUGGGAAGUUUUCCCCCUUUGGCCGACUUGGACAGCACGGCUUAUCCCCCACAUCCGACGUCAACCCCAUAUGCGUCCCGGUGAUCCUCCACAGACCUGUAAAGCUUAAAGAGCAGACCACCCGCGUCAGCAGAACGAUAAAGUUUGAUGCAACUUGAGCACUCUACAUUCUAAGUAGACCUUCGAGCCAGUUUCAUGCGAAUACCCAAUUAUCUAUGGUGUGGAUUUGACAGAUGUUACCGUGUAGUGAUAUCGGGCUUUAUAGAUAUCUUCCUUCGUUCAUCCGAUGCUGUUAUAUCGAUAUUCACUAGUGACCGGUUACUAUACUCUAUACGUUGCCCUUUACGGUGCUAUAAUGGAGCAUACCACUUUCUGAAGGCGUUUUGCGGCCCCCAAUCCUGUAGGGCCAGCACCGACCAUUAGAACAUCCACUUCACUAACAGCUGUGUCAGCACAUCUCAAUAAGGUAGUUGGUCUGAUCCACAUACAUCUGGUAAGCGAGCAUAGUCAUUAGGAUAUGUAAAAU